AAGGCUGCGUUUUCACGAAGGACUCGGGUGAAGCUGCAGAGCUGCCUUUGAGCCCUGACUCCUUGGCUUCCUGGGUCGGAGGAGAUCUUGUAAUGGAGUGGUUCUUCGUCUCACACUAGCAAGAUGCCUGAUUUCCUCAGGAUCGAGGGAUUGAAGAAUGUCCCGGGUUCCACUGGGGAAAGUCCUCCUGAGGAAUGUCAUCCGGCAUACAGAUGCUCACAAUAAGAUUCAGGAGGAGUCAGAUAUGUGGAAAAUAAGAGAACUGGAGAAACAGAUGGAAGAUGCCUACCGGGGAACCAAAAGGAAAAUGUUACCCAGUAGUUCAAGCCGGAUGCGUAGUGAUGGUUUUGAUGAAGAAAGUCAAAGAGACUAUUGGAGGCCAAAGACUGAAAUUUCUGGGGCACUGGAAGAUGACUUUCUUAAGGCUAAAUCCUGGAAUAAGAAGUUAUAUGAUUAUGAAGCUAAUAUGCCAGACAGAUGGGGUCACAGCGGUUACAAAGAGUUAUACCCUGAAGAAUUUGAAACAGACAGUAGUGACCAGCAAGAUAUUACCAAUGGAAAAAAAACAUCUCCCCAAGUAAAAUCAUCUACCCACGAGUCUCACAAACACAAGAAGUCAAAGAAAUCCCACAAAAAAAAGCAGAAAAAAAAGUCACACAAAAAACAGAAGAAAAGCAAAAAGGAAGCCACAGAUGUAACAGCAGAUUCCUCAAGCGAGUUUUCAGAAGAAAUGGGGGCUUCUAGUACCGGGAAAAGGAAACAGCCACAUAAGCGCAAGAAAAAAUCCAGGAAAAAGUCGCUCAAGAAACCUGCUUUAUUCUUGGAUGCAGAAAGUGAUACUUCCCAGUCCGAUGAUUCCGCAUCCAGCAGUUCUGAGGAAGGCGAGGAAAGAGACACUAAGAAAACCAAAAGGAAAAAGAGAGAGAAAAAAGUCCAUAUCCCUGUAGUUAACAAUGAAAUACAGGAGAGGACAAACAAACGCACAAAUUGGAAAGUGGCUACAGAUGAAAGGUCUGCAGAGAGUUCCGAGGAUGACUAA